UAACGACAAGCGCCCAAAUGCUCCACCCCGCGUCUAGAUAAAGCUGCGAGCGAGAAGGUGGCAGGCAAACGCACCCCAUCACCACCGAUGUCUGCCAUUGAGAUCACAUCGCCCUCGGGCAAGACGCUGAAGGUGCCCACCGGCAUCUUCAUCGAGAAUGAGUUCCACAAGGCCGCUGAGGGUGGGCCCCGGCUCUCGACGCUCAACCCGGCCACGGGCAAGGUGCUGUGCGAGGUCGAGUGCGGCACCUCGGCCGAUAUCGAUCGCGCCGUCGCGGCGGGCAGGCGGGCCUUCCAGACGCGGUGGGGCCGCAAGAGCACGCCCACGCAGCGGAAUGCGUGCCUGCUCAAGCUCGCCGACCUCAUCGAGGCCCACGCCGACGAGCUGGGCGAGCUCGAGUCGCUGGACAACGGCAAGCCGCGCUGGGUAGCCACGACGAUGGACGUCGUCGACACGGCCGGCUGCUUCCGCUACUAUGCCGGCCUGGCCGACAAGAUCGAGGGCAAGACGAUGGAGCUCGAUGAGGGCACAAAGAUGGCCUUUACACGCCUCGAGCCGAUUGGCGUGUGCGCCGCCAUUAUUCCCUGGAACUACCCGCUGAUGAUGCUGGGCUGGAAGCUGGCGCCGGCGCUCGCUGCCGGCAACUGCGUCGUGCUCAAGCCCGCCGAGCAAACACCGCUCACGGCGCUGCUCAUCGCACAGCUGUCCGUCGAGGCUGGUUUCCCCCCCGGCGUGCUGUCCGUGGUCAACGGAUACGGGGCGACGGUGGGCGCGGCCAUGGCGUCGCACAUGGACAUUGACAAGGUCGCCUUUACCGGCAGCACGCUCACGGGCCGCAAGAUUAUGGAGGCGGCGUCCAAGUCGAACCUGAAAAAGAUCACCCUCGAGCUGGGCGGCAAGUCGCCCGUGCUCGUCUUUGACGACGUCGACAUCGAAAAGGCGAUUCCCUGGGUCGUCAUUGCUAUUCUCUUCAAUCAGGGCCAAGACUGCACGGCGGGCUCGCGCCUCUUUAUCCAGAGCGGCAUCUACGACAAAUUUGUCGCACGUCUCGUGGCGGCCAUGAAGGAGCACGGCAUCGGCGACCCCUUUGACGACGCCAACUUCCAGGGCCCGCAGAUCACACGGGCGCAACAGGAGCGCAUCCUCGGCUUCAUCGAGAGCGGCAAGCAGGAGGGCGCCAAGCUCGAGCUCGGCGGCGGAGCCUGGCAGGGCGCCAAGGGCACUCCCUUUGAGGGCGGCUUCUGGGUCGAGCCGACCGUCUUUUCGGGCUGCAAGCGCGGCAUGAAGAUUGUCGAUGAGGAAAUCUUUGGGCCCGUCCUCGCCGUCGCCAAGUUCGACACCGAGGAUGAGGCCGUGGCGCUGGGCAACGACACCAAGUAUGGCCUCGGCGCCGGUGUCUUUUCCCAGGGCGCAGCCCGCUGCAUGCGCGUCGCCGGCGCGAUCCAGGCCGGCACCGUCUGGGUCAACAACUAUGCGCUGCUCAGCAAUGCCGUGCCGUUUGGCGGGGCAAAGCAGUCGGGCAUCGGUCGCGAGCUGGGCGUGGAUGCGAUCAAGGAGUACGUCCAGGUAAAGUCGGUGCACUGGAACUACGGCGAGGACCUCGAGUGGCCCCUGCGCGGGUAGUGCAUGCAAUGUCAUCUGCUUCUUCGAUCUUGCCAGCACGAACUCAAUUCGACCACGAUG